ACAACAUAGCACACAAAAUGUCGACAAUUGAAAUACCUUCCCGCAUCAAAAUCGAGAUAACAGAUAAACGAGCACAGCACAUUCUCUACAAGUAUCUACAAAUACCUUCCCUAGACAUGAGUAGUGAGGAUAAUAGUUCUUUCCACCAAACUGCCGUGGUAUUCGAUAAUGGUUCUGGGGUAUGUAAGGCCGGAUUCUCCGCGGAAGACACUCCUCGGGUGGUCUUCCCCUCGAUUGUGGGCAGACCUCGCCACCAGAACGUUCUGAUGGAAUCUCUGAUCGAUGAUUGUAUUAUUGGCGAGGCGGCUGCCCGUAAAAGAGGAAUGCUCACCCUAAGAUAUCCCAUCGAGCACGGGGUGGUCAAGAAUUGGGAUGACAUGGAAAAGAUUUGGGAACACACAUAUGAGCUUUUAAGGGCAGAUCCAAUGGAUUUGCCCGCCCUGCUCACAGAAGCCCCCCUGAAUCCGAAGAAGAAUAGAGAGAAGAUGACGGAGAUUAUGUUUGAACACUUUCGGGUGCCAGCUUUCUACGUGGCCAUCCAGGCCGUGCUCUCUCUUUACGCCACCGGACGAACGGUGGGCAUUGUGGUGGACUCGGGAGAUGGUGUGACCCACACAGUUCCAAUCUACGAGGGAUUCGCCCUGCCCCACGCCAGUGUUCGCGUGGAUCUCGCUGGCAGGGAUCUCACCGAUUUUCUGUGCAAACUACUCCUGGAGAAGGGUGUAAAAUUGGGCACUUCUGCAGAACGGGAAAUAGUACGGGACAUCAAGGAGAAACUGUGCUACGUGUCGAUGAACUAUGACCAGGAAAUGGAACUCCAGCAGAAGCAGCCAAUGGCGCUGGACGAUAGCUAUGAACUACCCGAUGGCCAAAAGAUCUGCUUGGGGAGCGAGAGAUUCCGCUGCCCGGAGGCUCUCUUCCAACCCAGUUUGCUGGGCCAGGAGGUGAUGGGCAUCCACGAGGCCACCUAUCACUCGAUCAUUAACUGCGACUUGGAUCUGCGCAAGGAUAUGUAUGCGAACAUAGUGCUCUCCGGCGGAACAACCAUGUUUCGCAAUAUUGAACACAGAUUCCUGCAGGACCUAACCAAAAUGGCGCCCCCAUCCAUAAGAAUAAAAAUCAACGCCAGUCCUGACCGAAGAUUCUCCGUUUGGACGGGUGGCUCCGUACUGGCCUCGCUCAGCAGUUUUCAAAACAUGUGGAUCGACAGCAUGGAGUACGAGGAAGUGGGCUCCAGCAUCGUACAUCGCAAGUGUUUCUAGGUCAACCUCAGCACAAUAUCGCCAGUUCGAGUUCAUUAAUUGUGUUAAUGAUAAGAAAAAAUAAUAUAUUUUUGUAUGCUUUAAUGAAA